AUGAAAUUCCUUUUCUUGGGUGUGCUUUGUUUGUGCGGAGCUUCGGCUCAAAUCUUCGCCUCCUCCGAUCCGGAGAUUUCAAUGACCACGCCUCAAAUCAUCCAACGUUGGGGGUAUGCAGUCGAGGUCCAUACGAUCACCACCAUUGAUGGCUACAUGAUCGAUCUUCAUCGAAUUCCAAACGGCAAAAAUGGCGUCCGCACCGCCAACAAGCCAGUCGUUCUCAUGCAACACGGAUUGAUGGCCGACUCGAGUGUCUGGGUGAGCAACUUGCCACAACAAUCUGCCGCUUUCCUCUUCGCCGACGCUGGCUUUGAUGUGUGGCUCGGAAACUUGCGCGGAAACACGUAUGGAAUGAGACAUAAGACGUUGAGCCCACAAAAUCCCGCCUUUUGGAAGUUCUCCUUUGAUGAUGCUGCUAGCACUCUUCCCGCUUUCGUCAACUACAUCUUGCAAAUGACCAACCAGCAAUCGCUCAACUACAUCGGACACUCUCAAGGCGCUUUGAUGAUGUUCGCCCGUCUCUCCGAGGAUCCGACCUUUGCUCAAAAGAUUGCAAACCACUUCGCUUUGGCGCCAUUGGGCACGAUGAACAACGUGAAAGGACCCCUCUUCACAAUGGCCAAAACUCUCGGAAACUUGACACAAGAUCAACUUUUCUCCUUGUUCGGUGCCGGUCAACUCAUCCCAAGAUCCGAUCUUGUCAACCAACUCAAAACCCAGGUGUGCCAAUCGGGACCAGUGUGCGACAAUUUCCUCUUCCUCACCAGCGGCUCGCCAAGUGCUUCCCAGUUCAACAUCAGCCGUCUCCCCAUCUACCUUUCCCAUACUCCAUCGCCCUCUUCAACCCAGAACUUCAUCCAUUACCUUCAGAACAUCAAUGCUCAAGGAGUGGUGCCCAAGUACGACUUCGGAAACGCUCAGCUCAACAUCGCCAAAUACGGACAGCCAAGCCCACCACUCUACGAUUUCUCGAAAAUCAACGCGCCCACGCAUCUUUUCUGGGGUGAUUUGGACGUGUUCGCCGAUAAAAUCGACAUCGAGAACUGGCUCUUGCCCAUCUUGAACAAGCAAUGGUUAAGGAACAACAUCGAGCUUCCCAACUUCGCCCAUAUGGAUUUCGUCUGGGGACUCAAUGCCGCCAACCAAGUCUACAUGCCAAUCAUCAACUUCCUUCGUGGAGCUCAACGACAACAACCAAUCAUGGGC